UAAUAUUCCUACUGCCUGGAGUGAACUACCAAUAAGGACUCCGACUAUCAACGGAGGAUGUCUGUGGCGCAGCGCAGAGAAAUUGUCUAAACCUAUUCAAGAUACCUGUAGAAACUGUAAAAGUGUUGUUGUCGCAUCGGUGUAAAGAUCUCAUCAUUUUUUUUUUAAUAAGCAAUUGGAACAGAUAUAACAUUUACACACAUUCCCAUACAACAUCACCGUGCGCUGAUGGACAAUUACGCGCAGAAGUUGCGUUGCGUAAUCAUGAUAAUCAUCGCGGAUGGCUGUGUUUCAUGUUCUUGGAUUAUGCGUACAAGCUUGUUAUGAUACCUGGUCAUCGCCUUUCCUUCGUCUACAGUGGAGAAGAAAAGUAACAAAGGGACGCACAUGAUGAGAAGCGCGGGGUUGUUGCUUGGCUACUUUUUGUUGAAAGUUCUUGUAUGCGACGCGGAGGGGGAGCCAGGGCAGAAGCUAGACGGCUUUAUUAUGGUACAAACGGGUACCAACGAGUCAAAAUUGAACGUAAAGAAUAGCGUUUCGGAGAGUCCGCAUACUGAGGACAGGUGCCGGGGUUAUUACGAUGUGAUGGGCCAGUGGGAUCCGCCGUUUGUGUGCCAGACCGGCAGUUACCUGUAUUGUUGCGGGACCUGUGGCUUCAGAUUCUGCUGUGAGUUUACAAGCUCGCGGCUGGACCAGACCACCUGCAAAAACUAUGACACCCCGCCGUGGAUGAUGACAGGCAGACCCCCGCCUAAGAAAAAAGACCCCACUCAUGACCCCACAAAAGAUAAAACAAACUUAAUUGUGUAUAUAAUAUGUGGAGUUGUUGCCAUAAUGGCCCUCGUUGGGAUUUUCACAAAACUUGGACUUGAAAAGGCGCACCGUCCACACAGAGAAAACAUGUCAAGGGCUCUAGCUCAGGUGAUGCGCCAGCCUGGUCCAGGAGAACACUCAGAAGACAUUGGAGUGCAUGGACAGCACUAUGACAACAUGCAAGCCAACAGGGUACCUGCGAACAGUCUCCAGGCUAACCAGAUGAACAGUGUGGGUCCAGGAUCAUCACUAAUGCCAGGCUUAGGGUCUCCUCCCCACCCCUACCCUUCCCUGGGACAGAUCACUAGCCCCUAUGAGCAACAGCAACCUGGGAAAGAGCUCAAUAAGUACGCCUCCCUCAAGGCUGUCGCGGAGAAGGUUAAUGACAACUUCUACACCAACCGGCGGCACAUGGUAGAGAUGGCAGCCAAGGGCAGUCUCCCUAUGCACCCGAUGCAUCGCAUAGAGCAGGAGCCCAGCAACCCCUACAGCCCUCCCUUACAGCCUUCCCUGAAGCAGAACGGACACAAGUCCAAAAGCAACAAGGGCCACAGCAGCCACAGCAGCAGCUCCCAUACCCUGGCCUAUGGCUCCAACACCAUCGCCAACCCGGGGAUGCAAAAGAACUGGGACUGCUCAGAGACGGUGGGCCGCCGGCAGAGCCACGGCACUAAGAAACACUGCACCAUAGAGCAGGUGAACGAGAUGCACAGCACCUCGCGCAGCCAGCACUACAUGCCUCCGCAGCCCUACUUUGUCAGCAACAGCAAGACAGAAGUGACUGUCUGAUCUGAGAACCCACCCCACCAUCAUAACCACUAUAACCCCAGCUGUAAGAAAGAGAGAGAGAGCGAGAGAGAGAGAGAGCGAGAGAGAGAGAGAGGCUGAAGUAAGACAGCGGUCCUAGAUUGAGUGCACCUCUCUAUGGGUGCUGUGUGUCUACUAAUGCGUGUGGCUGACUGUGCAUGUGACAGGCAUGUGUGGGACUCCUGCCAGUGGGAGGAGAGUGACCCGAACAACAUACUCCAAACCUCCAAGUUUUCGGUCAUCACUAUAUUGAUGAUUAUAUUGCAACUAAUACAAACAAAUCAUAUACUGCAAGUCAGACUAACAUCAAUGAGCAGAGCAUAGCAUUGAUUGACCUCUGAUGGACAGAUGAGCCAGGAUGUGUCUGGAGCCAUGCAGUGGUGGAAGAGACUGGAACUGGACAAAAGCCCAGUGGCAAUAGACUUUUCCUAUUGUCAGUAUUAACUGAGAUCUCAAAGGGCCUGAAAAUGUGUAUCAUCUCAUGUAGUUUCCACUGAAUCCACCUUGGAUAAGCCAGUGGGUUUGAACUAGACGCAGUGGAGCAGAUGAGUGGAGCAGCCGAUAGUAACGGGAUACAUUGUUCUCCUCAACAUUGAUUGACAUUUCCUCAGAUGUUGUGUAGUGUAUAUACUGUGCGGGGACUUGUUGGUAAUGCUCAUGCUCGGGAACCUCAGGCUCAUGAUUACAUCUAUAGAGAAACAGUAACCAUUUCAGAUAUGGACUGUAUAUUCUCCUUCAUAGCCUACAGAGCAUGAGGUAGAUGAGACUGCACCAAACCAGUUCUGUAGCCACAACGUUAUACACACCCUACUCUGCUCUCUCUGGUGUUAGGGCUGUGCCUUUCUCUGAGAAAACUAUGAAAUACUGUUCAAAUCAAAGAGCUCGUCUUAUAAACCACUGCAUAAGUUGUGGAAUUUAUUUAAAUGUCUUAAUCUUGCAAACAGGUCCACAGCGGUCAGUUGAAAAUGGUGAGUUGCAUCUAUCACUUAACAUUCUUUAUUUCUGUUUCCAUUCGACAAUGCAUUGUGUGUGUGUGUGUGUGUGUGUGUGUGUGUGUGUGUGUGUGUGUGUGUGUGUGUGUUUACCUUGGUACCUUAGAACAAUGAUAGAGAAAACACAGAAGGAAUUGUGUCCUUUCCAUACAUGUAACGUCACUGCCAAUAAAUGAGUGAAUAUAUUGCCUAUAAUUCCAAAAUUGAUUAGUAUGGGAUUAAUAUUGUGCAGUGGUACCUGUUUCUCACCCACCUCCAUCAAUACUACCAAAUCUUUACAUGGCCUAGAGCCAGGCCCCAAGCUCAGACUGUUGUGGCAGUAGAAAACUACUGAGGGCUCCUUUACGGCUACCCAGGGAGUUGAUAAAGGGUUGUGGAUGUUCCUGAAACAGCCAUGAAAGGUAAAGCCUGGGUAAAUAGAGUGGAUGGAUUUCAUUUAGUAUGAGAUCAACCCCUGGAUUAAGACAGAGAAGGUCCUCUGAAAUCACCAUGAGUUGAUGUCAUUGCAUGCACAAAUCAAACUUUAACCAUCUGUAAAAGAGAAAUUGCAAUACGUUAUGUACAAAUUAUUGAUUUUUAAAAAAGUAUUAUUUUGUUUCUUAUUUUUCUUAUUAUUAUUUAAAAAAGAAAAUCUAAAUUUUCAUCAACUUUAGAAGAUAUACACAUAAAAAUAAAAUGUGUUCAUUUUGAAUAUCUGGAGUAGCCUACUAAAACAUCUCAGAGUACACAUGAACAAACACACAGGUCAAGAUGUGCCUGUCUUUUCCAUUGGGCUAGUUGUGCGUCAUCAGAUGAAAAAUAGUACAUUUUUCUCCCAACACUCCAUUCUUGGGAGCCCACACGAGCAACACAGUGCAUUAGCAUGCCACACUUACCAAAAAAAGCUUUUUAAAUAAAGGGCUUCUGAUGCAAUUUGCCAUGUGUUGCGUUUGUCACUGCCCACUGAUUCAAGAGCAGCCCACACUUUGUCCGUAUGUCUUAAUCAUGUCUCUCAACUUUCCAUGGCUUUCCACUGUCCAUUUGUCUGUCUACUAGUGACAAAGUGGCUCUAAUGGCUGGAGGAGUGACAGCCAGCAGCUUGACGUUCAUUCUCUUACUCACCACAUGAGAUCUGGUCAGAAUAGACGUGAGUCACAUUCCCUACUCUUAGAACUUUGGAAAGCAUUAGAGGUGGACAAAAAGUUUUUAUUUUGUGGUUGGUACAGUAUGGAAAAACACAAGUCGACAUUUUUGGAUUAGACUAAGGGAACAAUCCUCAAUACUGAUUUGCUAAGGCCUACUAUACGAUAAGUGCUUGUAUUUUUAACCACAUUUGAACCAGAUAUGUAUUGUAUAGUCAGGCACACAACUAUAUGUUUUGAGUGUGUUAUCACAUUGUCAGUGAAACGUAAUGCACCAAUACUAUAGAUUGCUGCUAUAUGCUAACAACCAUUUCUCAUAAUGAAUAUGUUCAAAUCUUUAUUUUGCUAUUGCUUGACGUAACUCACAGUCACACAAACUGCAACACGUUGUAUUAUUGUUUCAUCACGCAAGCCACUUGUAUGUAGAAUUGUCUAGACUAGACUUGUCAUAUAUGCCGUUUUUGGCAUAUAUGCAACGCAUAUCAGUUCAACAUUUGCACCAAUAAGACAGAAGACUUCAGAAUACCAAUGUGUGUGAAGUGAUGCAAAAAAAAGGUACACAUGCAUGUAUUUGGGUAUGACAUUUGUCUAUACAAAACAAUGUCCGACAAUGAAAAUGGCAAGGAAAAGUACUGCAAAUUUGCAUUGACUGCAAAAGGGCUGAUUCUUUAGGUCAUAAAUAUAGAGACAUAUUUAGUAUGGCUGUCCAGUACAUAGUUAAGGUGAUGUUUUGGUAGGGCCAUAGAAUAAGUCUGUGCCUUGUGUCCAAAUUAAAUGUGCACCUGAUUUAAUUGUCCAAAUACUGACUGGUCUAUGAACAGAUUGAUGCAUAAUAUUAUACUGUAUAGCAUGAUAUGAAAUCACUGUUCCACUUCAGAGGACCCUCUCAAUAACAAUAUCAUAUCCAACAAGAGCUCAUUUAAAAAAAAACUAUAAUCACCAGAUAAUGUAUCUGGUUUCUCAGUGUUAAAACAUGUGCAGAAGUCCACAGCUCCAUUGAUUGUAGAUAGAGUGCACCUAUUAUACUGUAUGCAUCCACAGUGCAUUGAAUAAGAUAUUUUGUCAUAAUUUUAGUCACGGAGGGAACCUACAGUAACACUUGUAUGUGUAGUAGUGAAGUAUAACUCCCUCACUCAAAUAGCUUCCACUGAUAUAAUAGCAUAAAACAUGUACAUGACGUGUAGAUUAACAUUUCAGCUGAUUGGUCCUCAUGCUACAUAAUGGCAUACUGUAAAGUAAUAACACAAUGGCCAUUGAUUCUAAAUCAUGCCCUAUUAAAGGGUAGCCUAGUGGUUAGAGCGUUGGACUAGUAACCGGAAGGUUGCGAGUUCAAACCCCUGAGCUGACAAGGUACAAAUCUGUCGUUCUGCCCCUGAACAGGCAGUUAACCCACUGUUCCCAGGCCGUCAUUGAAAAUAAGAAUUUGUUCUUAACUGACUUGCCUGGUUAAAUAAAGGUAAAAUAAAAAAUAAAAUAAAAAACAUUCAAACUUUGCUCAUUUCUCAAUCUAAAUAAAAACAUUAUUUACCUAAUCCGCAUUGAACUAAAUUGUGCCCCUGGCUGAGGCUGAAUUGCAUUCAUGAUGCAGCUAGUGGUCUUGGUUCCACCCUUUAGGAGUGGGAAGACGAUGGUGCUCUUUGUCAGUGGAUCAUGUUAUUCGUGAAGCACAACUGAUUUUGUAUUCUAACAAAAUGAAAUAUUACUUGUCAUAUAUGUAUGUGCAAGUUGGGAAGAGGAAACUCCAUUGUAUUGUACACAUCUAAAAUCAUAUUUACAAUAAAUAUGUUUCUUUACAAGA